AACUACCAUAGAAAAAAGGUUCUAAAAAAAGACAAGCAUGUAUUAUGACCACCCUCUCGUUUCCGACUGGCACAAAACUCUUCAUCUCCGCUCUCUUUCAUCAUUACACACACCACACACACACACUGUAUCUGCAAUGGCUGAAACUAAGAGAAACGAUACAGGCAGCAUCAAGAACGAUAUGGGCAGCAUCAAGAACGAUACGGACGACAUCAAGAACGAUGUUAACGCAGAUGAUCAAAAGGGGAACAGGAUUCAAGUAUCCAAUACCAAGAAACCCCUUUCUUUCUACCUUAAUCUUGCCAAGAGGCACCUAAAGAUACAUGAUGAUGUUGAGCUUUCUGCCCUGGGUAUGGCAAUUCCUACGGUGGUCAUAAUCUCCGAGAUUCUUAAGAGAAAUGGAGUGGCAACCGAGAAAAGUAUCUCUAUAUCUACGGUGGCCACUAAGGAUGUCAACAAGGGCCGGACCGUGCAAAAGGCUAGGAUUGAGAUUGUGCUGAUCAAGCAGAAUUCAAAGAACACUAAAGCACUUCCAGAGAAAGGCCAAGAACAGUGACAUUCAAUGCAACAUUAAUAUUCACAAAUCCUUAACGUUGAUAUUUCCAAGUAGAAGUCCUCGGUUUCUGGCUAAGUAGGUCUGCUAGUUAUGGUAGAGAUGUAGCUAAUAUUAGGAUCUUUCUGUAACCUUGUUCCUAUACAAUAUUUAAAUGCAAUUAGGUUGUCUGAUCUGAUGCAUAACACGCAACAGUGCGUACAUAUGCAUUUUUGGAGGGAUUCUCUCAGUCGUUUGCUGUGAGCAAUAAGGCCAUUAUUGACCA